GGCGUGAUGGGGGUUAUCGGCGCUAUAUAUUGCGGUCAGCCAGCGCUCCAGGUGUAGAAAGAGUUGUCUUUAGCUCAGAGUCGGCUUCCGCGACUCGGCCUGCUGGAGAGCUUCGCUUCCGGUAUAGGCGGCCGCGCAGGCGCAGGUGUGGCACUAGAGGCCUCCGAGGUUGACCGCUGACCCAGUGCCGCCUCCGGAUUGAUUUUCCCAGGAUCUGCUGUACCCCGGGCUUGGGGUCCUCUAUCGGAGCCAGGGGCCCGACACCUUGAGGGUGGCUUCCGCGGGACCGACGGACGCGGACCCCGGGGAAGGCGAAAAGGACGAGGUUCGGACCGGUCCCCGACCAUCGCCCAUCGCCCAUGGCGGCCCUCGGCCCCAGCAGCCAGAAUGUCACUGAGUAUGUCGUCCGAGUUCCCAAAAAUACCACCAAAAAAUAUAAUAUCAUGGCUUUCAAUGCAGCCGAUAAGGUCAACCUCGCUACUUGGAAUCAGGCCCGGCUGGAACGCGACCUGAGCAACAAGAAGAUUUACCAAGAGGAGGAGAUGCCCGAGUCGGGCGCCGGCAGCGAGUUCAACCGCAGGCUCCGGGAGGAGGCGCGGAGGAAGAAGUACGGCAUAGUCCUCAAGGAGUUCCGGCCCGAGGACCAGCCUUGGCUGCUCCGAGUCAAUGGCAAAUCAGGCCGGAAGUUCAAGGGCAUAAAGAAGGGAGGUGUGACAGAGAACACAUCCUACUACAUCUUUACCCAGUGCCCUGAUGGGGCUUUUGAGGCCUUCCCCGUGCACAACUGGUACAACUUCACGCCGCUGGCCAAGCACCGCACGCUCACGGCCGAGGAGGCCGAGGAGGAGUGGGAGAGGAGAAACAAAGUCCUGAACCACUUCAGCAUCAUGCAGCAGCGGCGGCUCAAGGACCAGGACCAGGACGAGGAGGACGAGGAGAAGGAGAAGCGUGGGCGCAAGAAGGCCAGUGAGCUGCGCAUCCACGACCUGGAGGAUGACCUGGAGAUGUCCUCUGAUGACAGCGAGGCCAGUGGCGAGGAGGGCAGCCGAGCCCUCAAAGCCAAGAAGAAGGCGCCGCCCAGCAAGGGGGGCAGGAAGAAGAAGAAGAAGAAGGGGUCAGACGACGAGGCCUUUGAGGACAGUGACGAUGGGGACUUUGAGGGCCAGGAGGUGGACUACAUGUCCGACGGCUCCAGCAGCUCCCAGGACGAGCUGGAGGGCAAGCCCAAGGUCACCCAGCAGGAGGAGGGCCCCAAGGGCGUGGACGAGCAGAGUGAGAGCAGCGAGGAGAGCGAGGAGGAGAAGCCACCUGAGGAGGACAAGGAGGACGAGGAGGAGAAGAAGGCGCCCACGCCGCAGGACAAGAAGCGGAGGAAAGACAGCAGCGAGGAGUCGGACAGCUCAGAGGAGAGUGACAUCGACAGCGAGGCCUCCUCGGCGCUCUUCAUGGCGAAGAAGAAGACGCCCCCCAAGAGGGAGCGGAAGCAGUCGGGUGGCAGCUCCCGGGGCAACAGCCGGCCCGGCACACCCAGCACGGAGACGGGCAGCACUUCCUCCACCCUGCGGGCGGCCGCCAACAAGCUGGAGCAGGGGAAGCGGACCAGCGAGACGCCGGCGGCCAAGCGGCUGCGGCUGGACACCGGGCCCCAGAGCCUGUCGGGGAAGUCCACCCCUCAGCCCCAGUCCGGGAAGUCCACUCCCAGCAGCGGCGACGUGCAGGUGACCGAGGAUGCCGUGCGCCGCUACCUGACACGGAAGCCCAUGACCACCAAGGACCUGCUGAAGAAGUUCCAGACCAAGAAGACGGGGCUGAGCAGUGAGCAGACGGUGAACGUGCUGGCCCAGAUCCUCAAGCGCCUGAACCCCGAGCGCAAGAUGAUCAACGACAAGAUGCACUUCUCCCUUAAGGAGUGAGGCUCCCCCAAUAAACAGGCUCUGUUUUCUAGAAUCCUCGGGCUCUUGAUUCCCACACUCACCACCUCCUGUCCCGCUGCCCGUCUGUCACCCCACCCUCUGAGUCUGAGGACCCCAGUGUUUUCU